AUGGCAGACAUUGAACAAGGCAAGCCAGACAUUCAAACAAUCGAGUACAUGGAAACGGCCGAAACCAAGGUGGAGGCGCACAUAGUGCCAGUAGCUGAGGACGUCCAGGCUCGCAUCCGUCGCAAGUUCGACCAAAAAAUGCUGUCAAUCGUGUGCCUCCUGUAUGUCCUUUCGUAUCUCGAUCGAGGCAAUAUCGGAAAUGCGAAGACUGCCGGGAUCCUAAAGGACCUCCAUCUCUCUGACAACGACUGGGUGUGGGUCCUCCAGGUCUUCUACAUCUCCUACGUGCUGUUCGAGUGGACCCGACUGUUUUGGAAGAUACUGCCGGCGCACGUCUAUGUUGCUGCGUUAUGCUUUCUCCAUGUUGACUUGUACGGCGAGGUAGACACGGACGCGCACGUGAUUGUGACUGAUAGCGGAGACAAGAACUUCAAGUUCCGUUAUCUCACUUAG